CAUGGAGUCGCGCCUGCCCCACCUCACGUACUGCGUGACGCUGCUGCCCGCCGCCCCGGCGCCUUGCCGGCACUGGCUGGCGGCCCUGGUUGGCCUGGUCCUGGGCGUCGGCAUCACGGCCCUCCUCGCCGGCGUCAUAAUCCUGGCCAUCCAGCGGAGCGGCGCCGAUGAGCAGCCUCAGACACCUCCUACCGCGGGCGACCCGUUCUCGGAGAGGUCGAACUGCUUGCCGUUUAGUGAAGAGCACUGCCUGGUCAGCCGCGACGCCUGGCACGCCGCGCCGAGCGGUAGGGUCGCGACGCUCGCCACGCCCGUAGACACCGUCAUUGUGCAGCAAACCACGACGCACACCUGCGCAACAAGGGAGCAGUGCAUCAGUGCGACUCGCAAAAUCCAGGAAUUUCACAUGGGGAAGGAGAACAAUUGGUCCGACAUCGGCUACAACUUUCUGGUGGGCGGAGACGGCCUCGUGUACUCGGGACGGGGCUGGGACAUCGUCGGCGCCCACACCAAGACCUGGAACAACAAGUCCAUCGGCGUGGGAGUCAUUGGCAGCUUCUCUGAGGUGGCGGCGUUCCCGUGGCAGCUGAGCGCGAUGAAGGGCCUACUGGCGUGGGGCGUGUCGAAGGGGAAGCUGACUGCGGAUUACGGCGUCAUGGGCGCAAGCCAGGUACAGGACACGGACAGCCCGGGCCAGCGCUUGAUGCAGGACCUGCGUGCCUGGAAGCACUGGCGGAACUACACGUACACGACGAGUACGCUGCAUACAGCACAUGGAGGAACCUGAAAGUAUGCUGGAGAAAGAAUGACAAAAUGCUAUCCAACUAAUUGUAAAUAUCUGUCGAAUAAAGACGUGCUGAUUUGUUUUCA